CGCAACUCUCUCUCUCUCUCUCUUCUUGUUUGUCGUCGUUGUUCUUUAUUCUUCUUCUUCUUCUUCUUCUUCUUCUUCGUUUCGUUUGGUGGAGUAGCAGAACAGAGAGAAGAGUGUGUUUGUGUGGUGGUUUUGAAGAUGAAGAGGUGUGAGCUGUGCAAGUUGACGGCGAGGAUGUACUGUGAUUCGGAUCAGGCGGACCUGUGCUGGGACUGCGACGCCAAGGUUCACUCCGCGAACUUCCUCGUCGCGAGGCAUUCGAGGAGUCUUCUCUGCCACGUGUGCCAGUCGCCGACGCCGUGGAAUGCUUCCGGUGCCAAGCUCGGUCCGACGGUGUCGGUCUGCGAGGCUUGCGUCGGCGGCUGUGAGGGAGUGAAGGAGAGUAGAGCCCCGGAGGAAGAAAGCGAAGGAGGUAACGAUGCUGAUCUUGAUACAGAUGACGAGUAUGAUGAUGAUGAUGAUGAUGGAGACGAAGACGAAGGCGAAGAUGAUGAGGGGGUUAGUGGAGAUGAUGUGGACGGAGAUAAUCAGGUGGUGCCUUGGUCAUCGACGCCACCUCCUCCGCCUUCGAGUUCGUCGAGCAGCGAGGACUCCUCGAGCAGGUUCUGUAACAGCGAUGGAGCAGUUUCGUUGAAGCGAUUGCGCGUUAAUGCCGCAGAUCUACUCUCCAAUGAUGAUCACGGCUGUUCAUCUUGUCACCGGAAUACCAGUUCGGCGGCGGUUUUGUCAGCGAGAGAUAGAGAGGCCGGUUUUGGUCACUCAUUGAGGCCUUUGAAACGCCUAAGAGAUGAAGCGAACCGAUCCAACCAAUCCGCUGGUGUUCAGCUUGAACCGGCCGGUUCGAGAACUGCUGGGAUCGUAGAAUCGCUGAAGAGAUUGCAUCAAGAAGACUUGAGCUCUGGCUACAACGCGUCCGCGGCGAUUGUUGGGAUCUGUAAACUGAGUCAGAAUCCAGGAACCGUGGAUUUGGAUUCGGCCAAGUCAGCGUAGUCGUCGGAUUUGAGGUUGUCUAACCCCUAAUUGACCUCUUUUCUAACUACACUGCUUCGGGUAAUCAAUUCGAUCCCUGUUAACCAUCUUAGUUUGAAUUAGGUACGAUCUUUAAAAAUAUGUGAUUUCUUCCUAAAUUUAAUCCUCAUUUUAUUUUGGUUUCAAUUUGAAAUUCAAAGUUUCAAACUUCACAUUACUGUUAGGUGGUUUUGUAAUUGGUGGGAUUUGUGUUUUUUUUUUUGGUGGAAUUUAUGUUAUGUAAUUUAUUUUGGAGUGAGAUGUUAUGUAAUUUGGGAUAUGUAACUUGGGUAAUUCCUUUUGUGAGAAAUGAGAAUGUGAAUGCUUGUAA